AUGACAUUAUCCCUUGCUGACCGAUCAGUUAAAUAUCCAAGGGGCAUUGUGGAGAACUUGUUGGUCAAAGUUGACAAAUUUGUUUUCCUGGAGGAUUUUGUGAUCAUUGAUAUAGAGGCUGACAUCAAUGUGCCUCUAAUUUUGGGAUGUCCGUUUUUACGUAACGCAAAGGCACUCAUUGAUGUCUUUGAUGGGAAAACCACUCUUCGUGUAGGAGACAAGAAUGUCAUAUUCGAAUUCGUCAAAUCUAGGAGACACCCGGGUGGUCAGGAUGACUUUAGUGGUCCAUGCGAUUCAGAGCAAGUCAAGACCUUUGAAACACAGAUCAGCACAGCAGAAGCCCUUGUCACAAAAUUGAGAAAAGAAAGGAAGGAAAUGUUGUCUGCUGGAGAAGAAAAGAAUAAAGAAGCUGAUCAGAUUGAAGAAGCUAUCAAGAAAAUAGCUUCAGAUAAAGAAAGAUUAGCAAAACUACAAGACCUUGCCAAAAGGGUCAAAGUAGUAAGCCAGAAGUCAUCAGCAGAUGUCACAAACAGUGAGAUGUCUGAAGUUGAAGCAGACAUAGCUGCAGCUAAUGAGAUUAUUGAAAAAGCAUUCACACGAGUAGCUAACUUAGUCGGAGAGGACUCUGAGGAGGAGCCAGAUUCGUAUGAGGAGGAGACUCCCUUGUUUCCCGAGGCAUUGGAAAUAAGUGAGGUUUUUGAGGAGAGUAAGAAAACUUCGUUAGAAACACCACCACCUUUAGAGCUUAAGCUUUUGGGUUUUACUCAGAUGGUGAAAGCAACUACCUAG